UCCAAAUAGCGCGGGGGGUGACGGGAGGCGACGGGAAGAAGCCGGGGUAGCGGCGGCGAGGCCGCCAUGUUGGACGCUUUGUCGUGUUAUAAAUAAGGAGCCGCAGUCAGGCCUGCGGUGUAUUGACUGGUCGUGUCGCAGUUUGGCUUGUUGUUAAUUAACUUGGUGAUCUGCUACUGUAUGCCGCACACUACGGCUGCUGUUUCCUGACUGCGUCCGUGGAAUAAGCUGAACUUUAACCAUGAGAGAGACUGUAGGAAGCUCUCUGCUGGAUGGCCAGCCACCAAAGCAUUAUGGCAUUACCUCUUCAAUAAGUUUAGCUGGUCCCAAAGACAUUGAUCAUAUCUACACCCAGAAAUUAACUGAAGCAAUGAGACCUUUUGGGGUAUUUGAAGAUGAUGCAGAGCUUAGUCACCGAAUGGUUGUUUUGGGCAAAUUAAACAAUUUGGUAAAAGAAUGGAUUGCCGAACUUGGAGAACAAAAGAGCCUUCCACCAACCAUAAUAUCCGCUGCUGGUGGAAAGAUCUUCACUUUUGGCUCCUAUCGGCUUGGAGUUCACACUAAAGGGGCUGAUAUUGAUUCGCUUUGUGUUGCUCCCCGUCAUGUCGAACGCUCGGAUUUCUUUCAGACUUUCUCUGAGAAGUUAAAGCAGCAGGAUGGGAUCAAAAACCUAAGGGCUGUGGAGGAUGCAUUUGUGCCAGUAAUCAAAUUUGAGUUCAUGAAUACUGAGAUUGAUUUGGUAUUUGCUCGGUUGCCAUUGCAGUGUAUUCCAGAUAACUUGGAUUUACGUGAUGAUUCCCGUUUGCGAAACUUGGACAUUAGAUGCAUAAGAAGUUUAAAUGGUUGCAGGGUUACAGAUGAAAUUCUACAUUUAGUACCCAAUAAAGAGAAUUUCCGGUUAACCCUGAGAGCCAUCAAACUUUGGGCAAAGCGUCGUGGAAUUUACUCAAAUAUGCUGGGAUUUCUUGGUGGCGUUUCCUGGGCAAUGUUGGUUGCAAGGACUUGUCAGUUGUACCCAAAUGCUAUAGCUUCCACACUUGUGCACAAGUUUUUCCUUGUCUUUUCGAAGUGGGAGUGGCCUAAUCCUGUGUUGCUGAAACAACCAGAGGAUAGCAACCUGAAUUUACCAGUUUGGGAUCCAAGAGUAAAUCCAGCUGACCGUUGCCACUUAAUGCCCAUCAUUACUCCAGCAUAUCCCCAACAAAAUUCAACAUACAAUGUCUCAAUCUCUACACGUUCAGUAAUGGUGGAAGAAUUUAAGCAGGGUCUUUUAGUUACAGAUGAAAUUCUACUAGGACGAUGUGAUUGGUCCAAACUGUUUGAACCGCCAAACUUUUUUCAUAAGUAUAAGCAUUAUAUCGUCUUAACUGCCAGUGCAUCCACCGAAGAGCACCAUCUAGAAUGGGUUGGUUUGGUUGAAUCGAAAAUCCGUGUUCUUGUUGGCAACUUGGAGAGAAACAACUUUAUCACUCUUGCCCAUGUAAAUCCUCAGUCCUUUCCAGGAAAUCGGGAUCAUUGCAAAGACAAUGAAUAUGUAUCCAUGUGGUUUCUUGGCAUUAUUUUUAAGAAAGUAGAGAAUGCUGAAAGUGUAAAUAUUGAUCUGACACAUGAUAUACAGUCAUUUACUGACACAGUGUACAGGCAAGCAAACAACAUAAACAUGCUAAAGAAAGGGAUGAAAAUUGAAGCCACCCAUGUCAAGCGAAAACAACUCCAUCACUACCUUCCAGCAGAAGUGGUGCAGAAAAGGAAAAAGCAAAGUGUUCCAGAUAUCAACAGAUCAGCCUGUGCGCUAUUGUCUAAGAGAACCUCCUUGGAUGGCAAUUUUUUAGAUAGUUCUAGAGACACAGACACUGGAACACCUUGUGACUCUCCUACAUCUUGUCACAAAAGCUCUAGAUCUGAUAGCCCUAGUCUUCCAGAUGCUCACAGAUCUCUCACGGAGGGGACUUCCUCUACUUGCAGCCAGACAAUGGCAGAUGUUCAUGUACAUGCAGAGCCUGCUCAAGGACUGUCUAUACCAGUCAUCGGCUCAAAGCCUGAAUCGGCUAUAGCAGUGAAAGGUCUGCUUCCACCAUCCGGAUGCACCAUUCCAACAGUAGUUGGAUUAAAUGUGAUUCCACGUCUUCCAUCACCACCUAACUUUUCCCAGGGGAAUCCUACUCAAAAUGGAUCGAUAAGUCUUAGCCCAAAAAGUGCUGCAGCUAAAAGAGCUCAUCCCCCUUGUCUGGAGGGAUCACCCAAAAGAAUAAAGGAUACUGAAAUGCUUCUAGGAUUCUCCGAGCCUACUUUUAUUGAGCCUUCUGUCCCUCCUGAGGAAGGAAGACAACAGUCCGAGGAAAACCUCGUUCCAGCUGGAGCUAUGCCUAUUCCCACCAUUGAACGCUCUAGAUCACAGGUAUUAUCCAAAAAGUCUGAGUAUUCAUAUUGGUGAAUGUUUUAACCAUCACAAGAGGCUUCCCAGUAAAGAGCUACCAGAUUCGUCUUCUCCUGCACCAACCAAUAACAUCCGUGUUAUAAAAAACUCAAUCAGGCUAACGCUAAAUCGGUAACUACUCUACUGCUUCAGAUGCCUCACAAUAAUGUAUGUACAGACAAAGCGUUCUAUUCUCCAAACUUGGUGCUGUAGUUUAUAUGGGUUGUUUUUUGUUAUUUUAACCCAUAAAAUGUAAAACUGCCACGUACACAAGAUUUUAGAGCAUUUUAGAGUUCUUUUUUUUUCGAUGUAUCCUAUAUUUAAAAAGAAAAAUGAGAAAAAAAAUCAGGAGAUAAAUAUAUAUUUGUAUGUCUAUUUUGUUGUACCAUUCACCGUUUUCAGGCUUGUUUAAAAUUGUUGAAAAUUUACAAAAAAAUGUUUUUUUUUUCUCUUUAUAAAUAUUAAAUUAAAAAAAAAAUGCAGGUUCUCGUGUCUGUCCUUGAGACUUUCUAACAGUUCAGAUAUCUGAGCAUAAAUCGUCUAGAUUUCGAUUGGGCAGGUUAAAAACCCAACCUUAUCCCCCGACAAAUAACUGCUUUGCUGUAGCUGCUCUGCUGUUCGGAAAUCCUCAACUCCCCGUUGGAAAGGCUCAGUGAGAGGCACGAGGACCUACACCUUGAGUAACUCACAUUUUGUUUAAAGUAUGUAACGUCUUUGUUUCUGCAUCCCCUGCUUGCUAUAGUUACAGCUGAUAUUGCCGUGAUCACAAUGGUUCAUUUAUUUAUUUUCUGCCAUUGUAAAUAACCCAUUAAAAGAGCUAAACUAUAGACCCUAAGCCUAGUUUGGUCUUAAAUACAGUACACUCUUCUCAGAGUGAAAGUGAUGUUUUUUUCCUCCCAUCAGUAUUGACUUCCUCUGAGCUGUCUCCUGUGGAGGCCAAUAGAAUACCCCUCGGCAUUUGGAUUUACCCCCAUAUUUUAGUUUAGCCACUGAAUUGAAAUCCUUGUUUACCUUAAUGUUGCCUUUCACGGUUUUCUAAUCACUUCCCAAAAAGUAUCUUUUAUUGAGAUGCUAUAAAGUGUAACCAGCUCCAUAAACAAGAAUUGCUGCUUGCAAAGGUUAUCUAAAAACUGGCACCCACAGAAAUUUUUUUACAGAAACCAUUGGGCUUUUUUUUUUUUUUUUUUUUUUUUUUUUUAGCACUUUCUUUUGCUGGCUAAUAACCAUUAAACCCCGCUGAAGACCAAUUGCAUACUAGUGGCACCGCAAUCUUUCUAACAUUUUUACAGUAAGGCCUUUUGCUUAAUGAGAAUUGUCUGCUACAGGUAUGGGAUCCAGAAAUCUGUUA